GUCGCAACAUCGAAUCAGAUGCUUUAACAUAAGAUCUCAGACUGUGCUCUUCUCAUUGAGACCUCUCCAGGGCCGACGAGAUCACUGGUGCCAUAUAGAUAUUCUUUCACCACUGUGCCAGCGGCCAUCGCCAUAAAUCGUAAUAGACCCGCCAACGGACUCUAUGGAUGCUCUGAAUGGAAACGAAGUGCUACUGACUGAACAGAAUAAGGAGCUCGUGCAGCAACUACUCGAUCUUGACCAAAGCCACCUGUUCCUGUCAUGGCCCCCUCCAGGGGAGAAAGACAACGAAAAGCAGCAGUUGCUGGAGCAACUGCAACACUUGGACCAGAAUUACACUGGUGGCCUGGCCACCUACAUAAAAAAUGCCAAGCAGCUGCUCGAAGACUCACGCUCAGGCAAGAAUGCGUUUGAGGGCUUUGUGCCCAGCGUGCCCAAGGGGAAGAAGCUCGACUUUGGCAGUGAGGAGUUCAAGGAGUUUGAGGAGCUCGGUGUUGCAGCCAGCAAGGAAGCUGCAUUCGUGCUGGUGGCUGGUGGCUUGGGUGAGCGCCUGGGCUACAAAGGCAUCAAAGUUGCUCUGCCCACCGAACUCGCCAGCGAAAAGUGCUUUCUCCAGGUGUACAUAGAGUCUAUUCGGGCGCUGCAAGCCAAGGCGGGCGGCAGCGCGCAGCUGCCGCUGGCGAUCAUGACGUCGGGCGACACGCACGCGCGCACCGAGGCGCUGCUGCAGGACAACGCCUACUUUGGCAUGCAGCCCGGCCAGGUCACCCUGCUCAAGCAGGAAAAGGUGGCAUGCCUGAGCGACGGGGAAGCGCACCUGGCGCUGGAUGCGAACAACCCAUUCGCGGUACAGACAAAGCCGCACGGGCAUGGUGACGUGCAUGCGCUGCUGCACUCGUCGGGCCUGCUCAAGCGCUGGGUGGCGGCUGGCGUGCGCUGGGUCGCCUUCUUCCAGGACACCAACGCCCUCGUCUUCCGCGGCAUCCCAGCCGCCCUCGGCGUGAGCGCGCGGUACGGGUAUGACAUGAACAGCCUGGCGGUGCCGCGCAAGGCCAAGGAGGCGAUCGGCGGCAUCGCGUCGCUGCAGCGCCCGGACGGUGGCCACCUGACCAUCAACGUGGAGUACAACCUGCUCGACCCCCUCCUGCGCGCCAACGGCUGGGCCGACGGCGAUGUCAACGACGCCUCCGGCUACUCCCCCUUCCCAGGCAACAUAAACCAGCUGGUGCUCAAGGCGGACAGCUAUGCGGCGGCGCUGGAGGAGACGGAGGGGAUCAUCGCGGAGUUUGUCAACCCCAAGUACAAGGACGACAGCCGCACCGCGUUCAAGUCCAGCACGCGCCUGGAGUGCAUGAUGCAGGACUUCCCCCACGGCCUCCCGCCCACCGCCGCCGUCGGCUUUACUGUCGUGUGGGCGGCGUACAGCCCGGUCAAGAACUCUCCGGACGACGCGCGCGCCAAGGCGGCCGGGGGGAACCCCUCACACUCGGCCACGUCGGGCGAGGUGGACAUCUACCGCACCAACUGCGCCGCGCUGCGCAUGGCCGGCGCGCGCAUCGAGGGCCCCGAGCCGCGCGAGUUCAACGGCCUCUCCGUGGACCUCUGGCCGCGCGUCUCCUGGUCCCCAUUCUUCGCGCUCACCUUCUCUGACCUGGAGGCCAAGAUUGACGCGGCCAGUGUGCGGCUGAGCAAGGACGCCGUGCUUGUCAUCAACGGUGCCGGCGUGCGCAUCAAGAGCCUGGAUCUGGAUGGGACUCUGGUCAUUGACGCGGCCCCAGGGGCCGAGGUGGUCUUAGACGGGCUCAAGGCGCAAAACCGCGGCUGGAAGUGGCAGGCGCUCAAUCCAAACAAGGAGAUGACAGAGGAGCAGGCAAUGAGGGGCUUCAAGGUGUGCCGGAAAGGUGAAACUGCCUUGAAGCUGGAGUACCCAACUGAGGGAAAGUAUGUGUACCCGGAGAAAGCUGAUGCGGGCAAGGAAGGGGUCAAGACAGAAAGAGCAGCUGUGGCCUAAGUGGGCGUUGUAGAAGGCCCUGUACAGAGGGAAGGAAGGGUACAGUGGCUGUACGGAGUUCUGAAAUAUGGGCCAAGAAUUGGAUUCAUUGAGGUGGUGCUCAGACAGGGAAUGGGCGGUUUCCAAAUGGCGCUUCGUUGCAGGUGUUAUCUUGCCUGACUGCUUAUAGGGUGCUACAUAUGCCACAAGAGCAUGUAGAGUAGCAACGUAGACUCUACUCUUGCAGAUAUGCCUUCGCUUUUGGAACAUCACAACCCUCGACCAAGAUACCUCAGGCAUAUUUUAUUGUGCAAGUACAACUCGUUU